ACGUCAUCGGCUCGCGUCGCUCGGGACAUGGCGGCUAGUGAUCUGAGAGACAACCUGCUGGGCGUCUCGUGGGUGGACAGCGGCUGGGUCCCCAUCCUAAACCCAGGCAACGUUCUCGACUACUUCUCCGAACGUAGCAACCCUUUUUACGACCGAACAUGCAACAACGAGGUGGUGAAGAUGCAGAGGCUGACUCUGGACCACCUGAAUCAGAUGGUUGGGGUGGAGUAUAUACUGCUUCACGCUCAGGAGCCCAUCCUCUACAUCAUCAGAAAACAGCAGAGACAGUCGCCCACACAAGUCGUCCCCCUGGCUGAUUAUUACAUCAUCGCUGGUGUGGUUUAUCAGGCCCCAGACCUCGGCUCAGUCAUCAGCUCCAGAGUGCUGUCGGCUGUGCACGGUAUUCAGUCAGCGUUCGAUGAGGCCAUGUCCUUCUGCCGUUAUCACCCGUCCAAAGGCUACUGGUGGCAUUUUAAAGACCAGGAGGAACGAGAGAAAGUAAAGCCCAAAUCUAAGAAGAAAGAAGAGCCAAGUUCGCUGUUCCAGAGGCAGAGAGUGGACGCGUUACUGCUGGACCUGCGGAACAAAUUCCCACCAAUGUUCUACCAGCCCAAACCUGGAGAGAAACCCGUUCCUGUGGAGGUGAAGAAAGAGCCUGAGCUGCCGGCAGAAGCAGCUAAACAGGAGGAGCGAGAAGCGGCCACUAAAACUCCAGCACCAUCUGGACCCAGUAAACCUCCCCCUGAGAAGCGAGCGCGGCUUCAGUAACACACACUUACACACCUGGAGCUGCUGCAGACGGCGCUGGACACGCGCGCUGGACCAGUCCUGGUGCUGACGGCAGACUGACUUCUGAACUGUUACGAGCAGCUUCAGCCUUUCUGGCAAAGCCUGCGUACACACACACACACACACACACACACACACACACACACACACACACACUCACACUCACACACACACUCUCACACUCACACACAUACACAUACAUACAUACACAAACACACACACGCACGCACGUGGACAGGACAUCAGUGUACUGUUGGUCACCGGUUUUGUCUUUUUGUGUUUUCCUUUCUAAGUUUUUCUUUUGUUUAACAUGUAAAUAAUUAUUAGUCUUUUUUUCUACAUGAUUCUUCAGUGAUGGGUCCAUUUGAAGAUAAUAAUUGUAAUAAAACAUUACAGUAAUAAUAGAUGUA